CACCUGCCUGCUGCCCAGCGUCCACCUGCCACCUGCCGCCUGCUACCAUGCGCUGUCUUAUUAUCCUGGCCCUGGGCCUGCUCGCCCUGGAGGCAGCCCUCGCCCUGACCCCUGAAUUCAAGGCUCCAGUGCAGGCCAUGUGUCCUGAGCCUACAUCCUCUGAGGAGACGAACUGCACCCCAAAUUGUCACAACGACGAAGAUUGCCCAGGCAAUACCAUGUGCUGCCCCAGUGCCUGCGGCCCCUCCUGCAGACCCCCCAUCAUUGUCCCUGUCACCAAGAUCGGCCGCUGCCCCUGGGUACAGGCACCUCUAUUCCCCCACCUGUGCAUAGAGAAGGACACGUGCAACAACGAUAACCAGUGCAGCAACAAGAAGAAAUGCUGCUUCAGCCGCUGUGCCAUGCGAUGCAUGGACCCUGUCAUAGGUGAGAGUACUGGCCCCGAGUUCCGGACCAGCUUCAAGCUAGGAACCCAAGGCCGAACUCCGCAUUUGGACGACCUGCCGCCCGGAGAAGACCGCCACCUCCAGUCCGCCAUCUGGGCUCCUGACCACAGCCCUUUCCGUGCUCCCCACGCUCCCUCCAAGACCUGCUCCCUCGGCCAAAAUGGCGACGGCAGGAGCAGGGCGGCGCCCGGCGGGCCCCGCUUCCGGCGGCCUCCUGAUGACGUCGUGGGCGCGCCGCGCGGCGAGCCCGGGGACAGAGCGGGCGCCGCAUGGAGGUCAGCGGCCCAGCUUCCGGACCUGGCGUCCCCGCCCGACUGGGACGGUUCUGCGACGCGUCUCCCUGGGCCCCGCUGCCGGCAAAGUCCCCGAUGA